AUGCCCAGCUGUAGAAGAAAACACGUCCUUCUCACCGAGCCCUCUUCAGAGCUCCUCGAAGCCGCCAAACAUGACACGAAUAAAGAGGUCUAUCUUCUCGCGCAAACAGGCGAGGUUUUCGACACAUACGAAGCAUAUGCUGCGCGUAUGAGCUUCUAUAAACUCAAGCAGUUCCAAUGCGACGUUACUGGCAAGAGUGGUCUCGAUUAUUUCCAGGCCCUUGAGAGCGAGCAACAGGAGGCCCGAACCCUGCACUCCCGUUUCCCCGAACCGCUCAAAGCCGCCGUCCUCAGCUCUGUCCAAUGGCAGGUCAUGGGCAGGUUGGAUCACCUCGUUGAAGCGGUACAUGAUCGCUAUAAAGAUAGAUAUUUCCCUGACGAAAAAAUAUUCGUCGAUGUAGAGGGUAAUAGGUAUGCCGCGCGUCUGGUAGAGGUCUUCCCUCCGAGAUCUAUGUCUACAUUGAAGCGUAAACGAUCCGCCUCGGAUGCGGACGAUUCGGACGUGGCAUCUUCCUCGUCUGGCUCGUCUGGCACCGAAUCCACACCCGAGCCUCGACCGAUCCAUUCCAUUGGUGGUGACCUGAGCAUCACACUUGAAGAAAGCGUUACUCGAGAUGAUCCUGCUAGCUAUACUUACAGAGUCCGACUUUUGGAGGAAGAAGCACCUCCGGAAAAUGACCAGCCGGCUUCUGCUCCUGUUGUAGCCAGGAGGGAAAGUGGUAGGGUGAAAGAAAAAGGAAGACUCGCCUUGAAUGGACAUACUGAUGAAUCAAAUGCAAAAUUCGCUGGUAGCCUGAUGGAUGUCCAUUGCGAUGUUAUGUCACGUGAUAGACUUGUGUUUUCGAAGUCGCUCUUGCGCCGUUUCCUCCGAGAAUGUCUGGAUAGAGAUUCAUCUCUCGCCUCCCCUUGGACCGUCAAGCCAGUUGUGGCUCAAAGGCUUGGUAUACCAACAGAAAUGCCCGACCACAUUAGGGCGGGUGUAGAAAAGGUUCGAAAAGACGAGAUCGAUAAACGAAAGAAAGUUUGGGAAGAGAAGGAAGCUCAAGCGGAAAGAGAGGGUCGGCUGACCAAGAAGAUGAUCAGAGAGAGAGAAAGGGAGGCCAAAGCUCUCGCAAAGGCUGAGGAGACUGCUCAUCGUCAGCGCGAGCAAGAGGAGAAAGCAGCCGAAACUGCGAGGAUCAAGGCAGAAAAGCGCGCUGCUGAUCAAGCUGCUAAAGAAGAAGCAGAACGAGCCGCAGCGGAGAAAGCAAAGCUGAAGAAGAAAGCGGUUCGUUACCCUACAGAAGAUCUUGACGUUCGAAUAAACGACCGGGAUAAGAAAGCCGGUAUGCAAGUGAGGAGACCAAAGCCAAGCAGGAGCCCUGAUAAAAUACCCUUCGGUGAAACCAAGGGUGCCUUCGAGGGCUUCCUCGCCGUUUGGAACUUCUUGAUUUGUUUUGGCCAACCUCUGCACCUUUCAUUUUUCUCUUUUGACGAUUUUGAGCAUGCUCUGCGGCAUUGCAUCCCCGACUUGCAUUGCAAUCUUCUCGCCGAAGUGCAUAGCGUACUAAUAUAUAAUCUGCGGACGGUUCCUUUCACGCGUCAUGCAUUCGUUCUUUCGCUGCAUGAGUUGAAGAAAAACGAGUUAGAUACGAGUGACCAGCCUUCUGUCGACGUACUUAUGGAAGCACUGGCUGAUGUUGGAAACACCUGGGAGCGAGUGCCCCUCAAGCACAAUGACGGCCGAGCUGGUUGGCAAGAUGCGCUAAUCGGAUGCCUUAAAGAUCAUGCGACGCUUUCUUCUUUCCCGAAAUUGCGAUCUAUUCUCAACAAGCUUCUGUUCGACUGGCCGGAAUCUUCAAGUUCUUCAAUCGAUCCUUUAUCACCGGGAUCAUCGCCUCUAUCAUCACCAACUCCGCGAUCUGGUCCAACGGUAGCGUCCCCUGCUGAACGCUAUUUCUCUUUACCACCAGAAGAUAGAAUAAGCAUAUUGCAGUUUAUGUGCGAUCUAGCAGUCUCGAGCAAACAGAUUCACUCUCAUCUCGAGUCUUGUGAGGAGCAACUGACUGCGUAUCGCAAAGAAAAGAUAGAGCUGAAUAGACAAAAGAAACAACUGUUAGAAGAGAUGAAUGCGCUUGUAGCGGAUAGCAAGAAAGAGGAGGAAGCGGAGGAACUUGUUCUCAAUAACGAGGCUAGCGACAUCGAUUCCGAUGGUGUAGCUGCCUCAGAAGAUGCUUCAGAGGCUGGUUCAACGGCCGGUCGACGGAGUAACUCGACGCAACGCCAACUGACUCUGCGCUUGAAGGCACAGCAGGGACAACUUCUUGCGAAGCAACGUGAACUUGCGCGGCAGAAGUUGGCACACCAGAAACAAGCUCUAGCGGAGCAUCGUCGGCUGGAUGAGGAAGUCGGCAAGCUAGAACGCCGUCUAGAGGGCAUCGAGAGGGACUUCAGGAAGACUCUUGGAAUGGUCAGAUUAAAACCCCUAGGCAAAGAUCGAUUCUAUAACCGCAUCUGGUGGUUCGAUGGGUGCGGAACGUCGUCACUUGUUGGCAGCGGCGGUGCUGUACAGUAUGCAACAGGUCGCUUGUUCAUCCAAGGACCGAGUGAAUUCGACCAGGAAAUUCUGAACAGGAGAAAAGAGGAUGACAUCGCUGGGAGGCGGCUAGAAGAGGAAGGGGAGGACAGCAUAUUUGGCUCAGGCGAUUGGGCCUGUUACACCGACCUUGAAGAGCUGGAUCAGUUCAUGGCCUGGCUGAAUUCGAAAGGGGUCAGGGAGCUCGCCUUGAAGAACGCCCUAUCGAAGUGGUAUGAUCUUCUAAGUACGAGCAUUCGAAAACGUCAAACAGAUUUGGGAAUGAAUGCAAAAAUUCCUGAAGCUAGACGGAGCCAGAGAGGCAAAAAUGCGAACUCUGAGAUCGCCCGCGAGUCCUACAUGUUAUGGACGAAUCGUAAAGCUGUUAAUUAGUAUGAUAGAUUAAUAUUGUUGUUUAUUUCCAGUAGUUUUAGCGUGUUUUGUUGCAAGUUUGUUGGUUUGUAGCGGAUGUAGAAUAUCGAUGAGUGGUUAUUUUGAGC